UUUUUUUCCUAUGGCGUCUCCAACGGUUAAUGAGCGAACUCAAAUCCUUUUCGACUGUAACACAGAUACAAAGUAUUUAGUUUAUAUUAGUACAUACAUAUACACAUGCAUUAUUAAAGAUAAGACAAUGCUUUAUCAUCAUGCUUUCUUUAGUUUAUACAUGUAUAUAAUCAUCAUCAUCUUUUUUGAUAGUCUAUUUGAAAUACAAUAAAGAUUAUGCACUUAUUUGAUGAGGUCUAUGCUUCUAACGAUUAAAAAAAAAAA